CAUAUAUAUAUGCACACUCGCUUAGCUCCCUUCUCUCCUUUCGUCUUCAGCGGCCGAAAUCCACAGCCACCAGCAGCAGCAGCUUCGUAGCAAACUUCGAAGGAAAGAGAGAGAACAAAGAUGAAUAAGAAGGAGAUACUAAAACUAGCAAAAGGAUUUAGGGGAAGAGCGAAGAAUUGUAUAAGGAUAGCAAGAGAACGAGUGGAGAAGGCCUUGCAGUAUUCAUAUAGAGAUCGCCGCAACAAGAAGCGAGACAUGCGCUCUCUAUGGAUCCAACGCAUCAACGCCGGCACCCGCCAACACGGCGUUAACUACGGCAACUUCAUGCAUGGUCUAAUGAAGGAGAACAUUCAGCUGAACAGGAAAGUUUUGUCAGAGCUAUCUAUGCAUGAACCAUAUAGUUUCAAGGCGUUGGUAGACGUAUCUCGCAAUGCCUUUCCUGGUAACAAAAAUGUGGUGCUUCCUACCAGGAAGGUAGAAAAUAUAUCAAUUAAUGUAUAAUUAUUAUUUUUAAUACAGAGAGUUUAGAUAAUUUUGGUUGUUAUCAUUUCACUGCAGUUUAUGCUCUUUUAUGAAGCAAACCUUCUGAACUAGUUGACUUUAUAUUUUAAUUGUAAUCAACUUCUCUUUUGGUCUGUUUUAGUUACUUUGAUUUA